AUGGACACAUUACCCUCUCUUGGAACAUCCUUGGCGGAUAUUAUACCUCCCACAUAUGGCAUCUACGCUCCUUUGUUGAUGAAAAACACCGACGCCAUUCGGUCAACGACCCGUCGGACCUAUGCCUAUGGCAAACACCCACGCCAAUUCCUAGACUUGUACAGUCCCUCAUCAGAGAACUCUCGGCGUCUCAACAACCAUUCAGUUCUCAUUUUCCUCUACGGUGGCGGCCUGGCUCGCGGCAACAGGGUGGAUCCUGAUUUCGCUGAAGGACUGUCGUACGCCAAUGUCGGACACUUCUUCUCAGAACAGUUGGGAAUCCAGGUAGUAAUACCAGACUAUCGGCUCCUGACACAUGGGGCCACCUUUCCCUCUGGAGGAGAAGAUCUAGCCCUCGUGGUGGAAUGGGUGUCCGAUCAUCUGUCAGGCAACCGACGAUCACUAGACGUUUUGCUCAUGGGACAUUCUGCGGGCGGGCUUCAUCUCGCAACGUAUCUGAUGGCUCCUGAGUUUGCCAGCAGGCGGAACAUAUUAACUGGAGAAGGCCUUGGAGGCGCAAAUUUAAAGGCUGUCAUAUUGCUCUCGGUUCCGCUCACUUUUGAGGACGCCACAGGUACGCGGAGGGAGAACUUUGAGACUUACUACGGAAAGGACUUGGCCCGACACUCACCGCUGGCGCUGUUGGAGGACGGUUUGAAAGGCGAAUCUCUCAACUACUUGAUGGAUGUUUCAGUGGCUAUUUUGACUUGCUCCCUCGAUCCCGAGGUCGAGAUCUUGGCACCCACGGCAGCUUUUGUGAAGGCUUGGCAACACUCCGCUUUGUCUACACAGCUGGCAGUGGUGAAGGUGGAUAGUCACAACCACUUCAGUCCGGUGUUGAGCCUUGGGACCGGAAUCCCAAGAGAGGAAUUAUGGGGUCAGCAGCUUAUAGAUUUCAUCAUUGGAGCUUCUGAGAAGGAAUCAGCUUGA